GAGACCAGAGACAGCCACAGAGAUCGUUUGGUCGCCGGUCUGUGAUCUUGCUGUGAGGAAUCGACGCCCGGAUCCUUCUGCUGUUGCUCGAUCCUCGGGCCCUGUGCUGCUCAAUUAAGGACUUCUGGAGGUCCCUGGAUCCACGUUGGAAAACAGAAAUCAGCAAGUGACCUGGUGAAGCUACCCUGAGGGCAGUUACUGCCUCUCUCUUGCACUCCUUCCCAUUUGUUGAUCGUUUUGUCAUGGCGUCCUGCCUGAUCAGCCGUCAGUUUGCUCUCUCCCUGCAGAAAUGCUCAUGGCUCAGUGGUCCAGCUUGCAGAUAUGUCAGCAAGGCAGCACCAAAGACUCAGGUGGAGUUUGACUACGAUGGACCCUCCAUGAAAACUUCAGUCCCCGGACCAAGAUCACAAGAGCUGACAAAGCAGCUGGCAGACAUCCAGAAUGUUGGUGCGGUCAACUUCUUCUGUAACUAUGAGGAGAGCCGGGGAAACUACUUGGUGGAUGUGGACAGCAACCGCAUGCUGGAUAUCUACACUCAGAUCUCCUCCAUCCCAAUUGGCUACAACCACCCUGCUCUUCUCAAGCUGAUGGCCAAUCCCAACAAUCUGAGUGCAAUUGUGAACCGACCUGCCCUGGGAAUCCUGCCGCCUGAGAACUUUCCAGACAAGCUCACUGAGAGUCUUCUUUCAGUGGCUCCCAGUGGAAUGACUCGUGUUCAGACGAUGGCUUGUGGCUCUUGCUCCAAUGAAAAUGCUUACAAAGCAAUGUUUAUCUGGUACAGGAACAAGGAGCGAGGCCACAACACACCAUCUGAGGAAGACCUCAGCACCUGCAUGAUAAACCAAGGCCCAGGUUGUCCAGACCUCAGUAUUCUAUCUUUUAUGGGAGGUUUUCAUGGAAGAACCAUGGGUUGCUUGGCAACAACACACUCCAAAGCAAUCCACAAGCUGGAUGUGCCAUCAUUUGACUGGCCAAUUGCACCAUUCCCCAGACUGCAGUACCCACUGGAGGAAUUUACCAGAGAGAAUGCGCAGGAAGAGGCCCGCUGUCUGGAGGAGGUGGAGGACCUGAUCGUAAAGUGGAGGCAGAAGGGGAAGCCUGUGGCAGGGAUUGUAAUUGAACCAAUCCAGGCUGAAGGCGGGGAUAACCAUGCUUCCCCAGACUUCUUCAGAAGCCUCCGCAACAUUGCACGCAAGCAUGGCUGUGCUUUCCACGUGGAUGAAGUCCAGACUGGUGGAGGGAGCACAGGAAAGUUUUGGGCCCAUGAGCACUGGGGCCUGGAUGAUCCUGCUGACAUUGUCUCCUUCAGCAAGAAACUUCUGACUGGUGGCUACUACCACAAGGAUGAAUUACAGGCUGAUAAGCCAUACCGUAUCUUUAACACAUGGAUGGGCGACCCAUCAAAGAACUUGCUCCUGGCUGAGGUUCUCAAUGUGAUUCGCAGAGAAAACCUUCUGGAGGAGGUGACCCGUUCUGGGAAAGCCUUGCUAAACGGCCUUUAUGAGUUACAGGCUCAGUAUCCUGGUAUACUGAGCCGAGCUCGAGGACAGGGGACCUUCUGUGCCAUUGAUGUCUGUGAUGAAGCAACACGCAACAGCAUCCUGCUUAAGGCCAGAGACAAAGGUGUUCUCCUGGGAGGAUGUGGGGACCGAUCGAUCCGCUUCCGUCCUGCCCUGGUUUUCAAAGAGUACCAUGUUCACAUCUUCCUCAACACCUUCAAUGACGUGCUGGCCCUGCACAAAUAAAUCCUGACCCUAAAGGAACCGGACUGACACUACAAGAGCCUGAGUUAAUCCAGAGUGGGGGGAGGACAGUCCAUGUCACAAUAAGAACAAUCCAUAUAAUAACUCACACAGAUAACCCUUAUAUCCUCUGUGUCAACACCAAUCUUCAUCUCCUUAGCCACAAAUGAUAAUGAUGAUGUACCUUUGCUUCCAUUAAGAUGUACUUGGAAAACCAUCCAGGUUCCAGUCGAUAGUAACUGAGAAUUUCACAAUGUUUCUCUAAAAUAAAUCAAAAUGACAAAACUCCAGAAUCUUUCCCAUCUGCUUUCACGUUCUUCUUAUGACAGAUUGUCCAUCAUGUCAGCAAAUCUAGCAUGUUUUGUUUCUCACCCUUUAUAGCCUGAGAUUCAGAGGUCUGGAAACCAGGCUAAAAAUGUGAGUCUAUUCAUCUAACAGGUAGCACAGCAUUAGAUAAAUGUUAAUAAGAUGUUGAAGAUCCCACCUCCGUAUUAACCUCUCUUAAUGGUUCAGAACAAGAUCUUGUGUACAGCUUCUUCUCGUGCUCAUAUGCCAACAACACCCCACCGCCUAACUCACAGUCACUGAAGUGAUUAUUAGGUUAGCCUGUAUGCUUGUUUUACGAUGGCAGGCAGAAUUCUGUGUCAGUGAUGACUCUGUGAAGGAACAAUAAAGCUAAAAUGCCUGCCUGCAUGUCACUAAAUGCCAACCAUUAGAAAUAUCUUUGUUUCUUGCUGUUGUGUUGCUCUUAAUUGGAAUGACUUUUCAGCUUGAAAUGUUGUAGCCCAGAAAAAUGUGAAUAGACCUCAAAAUGUAGUAGAUUUUUCAAUUCCUGCAUGUCACUUCAAUGUGCUAAGAUUUUUUUCUUUUGUUUUGUUUUUGUUACUGCCUGAGAGCAGCUGUUGGUAACCUUAGUUGAACAAAGAUUCUGAACACAUUCACUUCAGUCUUGAAUAAGAGCUUCAUAUCAGUUGCCACAUUUAUUUUUGAAAACUUAUGUACUUUUGAUUUUCACUUCUCACUUGGUUAUGAUUAAAAAUGUAACACCUCCAAAUACCCAAACAGGGGUACAAUCCUCCAGACCUCAUUUGUGAAAAUACAGAAAGAGUGUCAGUAAAUCGAGCAUAGAGUGAAACCAAUCAUUUUCAGUUUGCAUGAAGCUGUUUAUGAGAUUUAGAAUAUUUUUUUUCUCGUAUAGACAAACACGGAGGCCCUACGAACACACAUAAGCAAAGUACAAACAUUACACUCCAAAUUCAGAAUUGCUACAUAUUGUAACGUGUUUAAAAUUUAUAACACAAACAUCAGAGAAAUUACCUUAAAAUGUUUACAACGACUGAAACACAUACAAAUGUGAAAAUGCAAACAGCAUGGACUUGUGCUUAUACUUCAAGCAGCUAACUGCUGUCCUCCUUUUUAGUUAUUACAGUAGUUAUCUUACAAGUGCAUCUUACUUGCCAAAGUUUCUGCAUUACGUCAGCUACAGUAAAUUUUGUGUAAUCUGAAAAGAAUGUAAUUGUAAAUGUAAUGCUUUUUUAAAUUAGUUUUGAAAAUAGUGAUACUCUGAUUUGUACUCAGGGAUUAUUGGAAGAUGUGUUCAGAGACAGUAGCUUAUGUAGUGCUAAGUCAAAGACAGCUGGACUUACUUUAGGUUCUUGAAAUAGUUUUGCUGUCAUCCAAAAGUCAUGUUCACAUGGUCACAGGCCUUCAGCCUCUGUAGGCCAUUCACACAAAUGUGAUAUACCAUGAACAGGAUGACUGAGAAUCUUCAUAUAGGUAGUCAGUAGUUGUUAAUAACAGGUAACCAAUCAAUGUCAUUACUAGCCCUGUUUAGAACUAUCUGAUCUGCUGAAAACACUUUCUUCAGAUUACACUUGAAAAAAACUUCCAAUAAAGCAUAAAUCUCACCUUUGUGUUCCUUCUCUAAAUGACCUUUUCGAGUGUGUGGUCUUCAUGGUGGGCCAUAGCUUGGCCCACCAUGAAGACCACACACAUGGGCUCAUUACUGCCCUGAGACCAGAAAGCAGGUAACAUCCACUGGUACCUGAUGCAAAAAGCAACACUGAUGUCAGAUGUAUGCUAUCAGAAGUGUUUUCAAACAGUAUUUUUUCGAUUUUACAAGAGAAAAUACUUCAAGAAUGAAGACUAACUGGUUGGUGUAGCCAAUGGUCGUCUAGUUAACUUCAGCACCUCUGAUAUAGAGCAGCAUGUAGCCGCUUCCCUGAGCUUUUUUAUGGGAACCAUCCAAGAUUGUCUCCCACACAGUGGACAAGACAGACCCAAACAGGACUAGCUUGUUAACAAACUAUGGUCAAGUUGCUGAACUUGAACUUUAAGCACAGGUCAAUCAAACUGGGUGGUCUAUAAACACAAUAGGUCAUGGUUGAUAAACACUGAUGGAAUUGCCAUUUUUAUUUGCAAAUGUGCUCAAGCUGAUGCUCUGCUGUAGAACACAUCAGACCUUCAUCAGUAUCUGUGAAUGUUGCUUGGAGCUUUUAGGCAAGUGUUGGGAAUGUGUAGCAGUUCAUAAAAAGUGUUACCAUGUUAAUUUCUUUCUGAAUAUUAACUCACUUCAGUCUAAUAUAUGCAUUUUUAAAUUAAGAUAUUAAUUUAAUAUAGUUAUGAUUAUAUGAUAUCCAGUAAGCCUAAUGUGAAGUCAUUGUUAUACAUAGUUCACAGGGUCAGUUUGUCCUGUUUGAAUCACCCUUUCCUAAACAUAUAUUUUAAUGAAGUACGGUUCGGUUGUAGGGUGUGGAGGUUCAGCACGAUGGUGAUGAUGACAACAGUGCCUGUCUCUUCGUUUUCAUUCAGUAUCAUCUGAGAUAAGUGAUAAUUGAUGUAACUGUUGUUGAUGGCUCUGUUGUUGUCUAUAAAACAUUCUGUCCAUGUACUGCGCUAAAUAAUGCAGUUUUAAAUAACUUUGUAGAGUUCUUAUUUCUUGAACGUGAACGUUCAUUUUUGAUUGUGGGAGCAGUAAUUUGACUAAAUAAAUUAAUAGUCUUAAUUAAGUUCCA